CGAAAGAAAAAGAAACUAAACACAACUUUAAUUAAGCUUGUGUGAAAAGAUGGGUUUCAAAAGCUCUUCUCUUCUUUGCUUGGCUCUUUUCCUUGCAGUUUCUUCUUCCAUUCAUGCACUUGACAUCACAAAAUUGCUAGGUCAGAAUCCUGAUUUUGCCGCCUUCAACAAACAACUGACCGAAACCAAGCUUGUUGACCAAAUCAACAGUCGCAAUACCAUCACCGUCCUCGCCGUCAGUGACGGCGCCAUGUCUGCCAUAUCCGGGAAAUCUCCACAAGCUAUCAAGGCUAUCAUGAGCACCCACGUGGUCCUCGACUAUUUCGAUGAGAAGAAGCUCAGUGAAGCUGUGGGCAGUGGCAUACUCUUGACCACCCUUUUCCAAGCCUCAGGCCAAGCCAAGAACCAACAAGGGUUCCUUAAGGUUAAACUCAUUGGUGAGGGUGAGAUGGACUUUGGAUCUGCUGUGAGUGGUGCUCCAAUCGACGUUGCCCUUGUGAAAACCGUUGUCAAACAGCCUUACAACAUUUCCAUUCUCCAAGUUGCCAAACCUAUCAUCUUCCCUGGAGUUGAUUCAGUAUCUACUGCAAGCGCUCCAACUGCGGCAAAGAAUGCAAGCUCUCCUUCGGCUGCUAAAGCUGAUGCUCCCACAGCUGAGACUCCUUCAGAGUCCGCGACUGCUCCUUCACCUUCUAAAGAGCCCGCCACCAAUGCUCCCGCUGAAGCCCCAACAGCCGAAGCUGCAGGCCCAGGUGGGGCUGCUGCCGAUGCUCCACCUCCUAGUAGCUCUUCAAGGACUGUUGUAGGUUUGGUUGGAGCAAUGAUGUGCUUCGCUUCUCUCUUGGUCGUUAUGUAGAGUGAUGCAGAAAACACAAUGUUUAAUAGUCUAUGC